GUUAUAAAGCCUGCAGCAACCGCAGAUUUUUAUUGAGGCAAAUCACUUCAUCCUUGGGCAAUAAAAAGCUGAUUGGAUCAUUUGAUCUAAAAAAGCUUCAACCAUCAUAUUGUUAAUUACUUCCAAUUAAUAUGGGCUGUGCUAUCAUUAACCUUCUCCUAAUAAUUUUUAUAUAUGAAGCCAGCGCCGACACACAAACUGCAACAGAACCAGAAGUGGUCAGAACUUCACAAGACUUCCACUACUGCUGUGAUUAUAAGCAGGCUAGAGGAAACUACGCAGCCAACAGCCCCUAUCAGACCAACCUCAACACCCUUUUGUCCACUCUCACUUCCAAUACAGAUAUUGACUACGGUUUCUACAAUUUCACAAACGGCGAAAACCCCGACAAAGUGUACGCCAUUGGGCUGUGCAGAGGAGAUAUUAAUCCAGAUGAAUGCCGUAACUGCCUCAAACUUUCCAGAGCCAAUCUCACAGAGCUCUGUCCAGUUCAGAAGGAUGCAAUUGGGUGGUACGAGGACGACAAAUGCAUGUUGCGCUACUCAGACUACAAAAUAUUUAACAAGGUGGAAGAUGGACAAACGUAUUAUGCUGGCUCCGAGGAAAUUGCAACGGACUUGGAUCAGUUCACAAAAGAUCUCAAAAACUUGAUGAAUACCUUAAAAGGCAAAGCUGCAUCAGGUGACUCUCGUCUCAAGUAUGAUGUAGGAAGCAUACCUGGUCCUGAUAAUAAGCACAUAUAUGGUCUUGUUCAGUGCACACCGGACUUGUCAGGGUCAGAGUGUGAUGAUUGCUUGGGGCGGUCCAUUCAAGUCAUCCCAACAGAUUGUUGUGAAAGCAGAACAGGUGGUAAGGUUGUUAGACCCAGUUGUAAUUUGAGGUUCCGAACCUCAGGUCCGUUCAAUGAAGCAUUUGUUGAAGGUUGCAGCAAUGCUAAAAUCAUUUCAUUUAAGUGCCACUUACUUAUUAGCGUUGUCGUGGUAAUAGUAGUACCAGUUGUUGUGGUCGUCGCUGCUGUGGUGCUCAUUUAUAUCUACAUCUAUCCUAAAAAAGAUCCUAUUCCAGAAAAAGAAGAAAUCGAAAUUGACAAUUCUGAGUCAUUGCAAUUCAGCAUUAACGACAUACGAAAUGCUACAGAUGACUUCUCCGAUUACAAUAAAAUUGGAGAAGGUGGAUUUGGUGCUGUUUACAAGGGAAGGCUUUCCAAUGGACAAGAGAUUGCCAUCAAAAGGUUGUCUGGAAAAACUAGCCAAGGAGAUAGAGAAUUCGAGAACGAAGUUCGUUUACUAUCUAAACUUCAGCACCGAAAUUUAGUUAGGCUACUUGGUUUCUGUGUGGAAGGAAAAGAAAGACUACUUGUCUAUGAAUUUGUUAUAAAUAAAAGCCUUGAUUACUUCAUAUUUGAUCAAACUAAGAGAGCACAAUUAGAUUGGGAAAAACGCUACAAAAUCAUUACUGGUAUUGCUCGAGGCAUUCUCUACCUCCAUCAGGAUUCUCGAUUGCGCAUUAUCCAUCGUGAUCUCAAACCAAGUAACAUCCUCUUAGAUGAAGAGAUGAAUCCUAAACUAUCAGAUUUUGGUUUGGCAAGACUGUUUGAUGUGGACCAAACUCUUGGUCAUACAAAUAGACCUUUUGGAACCAGUGGAUACAUGGCACCUGAGUAUGUAAAUGGAAAGUUUUCAGAGAAGUCAGAUGUUUUUAGUUUUGGCGUAUUGGUUCUUGAGGUUAUAAGCGGCCAGAAAAAUAGUGGCAUUUGGAACGGAGAGAAGAAGGAGGAUCUACUAAGUAUUGCAUGGCGAAACUGGAGGGAAGGAACAGCUGCAAAUAUUGUAGAUGCCACCUUAAUCAAUGGUUCACAAAAUGAAAUAGUGAGAUGCAUCCACAUUGGGUUACUCUGUGUUCAAGAAAAUGUAGCUGCCAGACCCACCAUGGCUUUCGUUGUAACCGUGUUUAAUAGCCAUUCUCAAACUCUCCCAGUACCUUUAGAACCUGCAUAUUAUGAUGAUAGUGCACAAUUACCAGAGUUUAAUUCCGGGGCAACAAUCGAGUAUACAACUAGAUCAACAUCGGGGGAAGAAGGCCAAUGAGGCUGCUGAAAAGUAUCACAUCACUGAAUUCCUCUAAUACAGCUAAUAUUUAUGAAUUUCAAUUAAUUUUAAGAUGGCAUAUACUGAGUUGUAACUUAUAAAUCUAUUCAUUCGUAGUUUGGUGCAAACUGUUUGUCCUUGUGUUAUGUUUUAGGGGAGUGCUAGUAAGUACUCUUACUAUUAUUUCAAUAAAUGAUAAAGAGUGUUAAAUAAGAUAUGUUAGUAACAUUUUUCUAUGUUUUAUAAUUUAUAAUAAUCAAUUUACAUAAA